GGAGCAUGCAGAGCAGUGUCAACCAGAAGCUCGCCACGGACUUUGUCGACGCCGCGUACAUUCGCCAGGGCAGCGACGCGCUCAAGAGCCACGAGAAGAAGCUCACUGCGCUCCUCGCCCAGCGCAAGCUUCCGGAGGACGGCUGGGACGACCUCAGCAUCCAGUGCUUGCUCAACGACUUGGCCCAAAUGGACAGCAACAACUUUGCUCACAAUGCAGGCGCGGGCGAGCGCGAGGCCCGCGUCGCAAGCAGCCUCGUGCGCAACCGCUGCUUCCAUCUCGCCCACGGCGUCGGGCGGUCGGGUGACAUUUGCGCGAUCCAGCCCAAGGCCGCCGGAUCCUCUCUCCUCGUGCAACUCACCAACUGCCUCGUCUUGGACAUGCUCCACCUCGCUGGCGUCAAGAAUGCCAAGAGCGCGAUCGUCCUCCCGGUGGCCACGGGCAUGGCGCUGCUCUUUGCGAUGCUGACGCUCCAGGCGCAGGCGCGCGUGCCGGGCCGUCCGCACACCAAGCGCUACGUGCUCUGGCCGCGCAUCGAUCAAAAGUCGUGCUUCAAGUCCAUGGUCACCGCCGGGCUCGAGCCUGUUGCGAUCGAGAACGUCUUGGACGGCGACGAGCUGCGCACGGACCUCGCGGCGCUCGAAGCCAAGGUGCGCGAACUUGGGCCCGAGAACAUUCUGUGCGUGCUCUCGACCACGAGCUGCUUUGCGCCGCGCGGGUACGACCGCGUCGACGAGAUCGCGCAGCUCUGCCGCCAAUAUGAUAUUGGGCACGUCAUCAACAAUGCAUACGGACUCCAGUCGUCCAAGUGCACGCACCUCGUCAACCAAGCUUUUCGUGUCGGGCGCGUCGACGCGUGUAUUCAGAGCACAGACAAGAACUUCCUCGUGCCCGUCGGCGGCGCUGUCAUCUGCGGCUCCGACAAGGCAUUUGUGCAAGCGAUCGGCAAGCUGUACCCAGGACGCGCGAGCAAUGCGCCAGCGCUGGACCUUUUCAUUACGAUGCUGCACCUCGGUCGACGCGGCUACAAAGCGCUUCUCGACGAACGCAAGCGGCUCGUGCCCUACUUUCACGCAGCGCUCACGUCGGUCGCUACCGCUUACGGCGAGCGCGUUCUCGAGACGCGGCACAACGAUAUUUCGUUUUGCAUGACCUUGAGCCACGUCACCGGCAAGGACGCGACGUUCCUCGGCUCGAUGCUCUUUUCGCGCGGCGUCUCGGGCACUCGUGUCGUCACGGGCACGGCGAACGCGACGAUCGUGGGGCAUGAGUUCGUCGGCUUUGGCGCGCACUCAGCGACGUACCCGACAGCGUACCUCUCGGCGGCCUGUGCGAUCGGCAUGACCCAAGACGAGAUCGACGUGUUCAUCACGCGGCUCGCCAAGACGCUGGGCGAUUUCAAAGCCAAGACUCCACCCAAGACCAUUGUCGUCUAGCUGCUUUCUAUUACACCAAUCCUGUGCACCUCUAUUACUU